AUGGCUACCCCAUCGGAUAUUAUAAUCAGUGGUAGUUCUUUCGCGGGAAAAUGGGUGAUUGAUAAACGACUUUCGGCCCCCCCGGAUCCAGUAUGGAAAGCUCAAGGAAUCAAAUGGGUUCUACGCAAAGCAGUUGCUCUUGCAGAAGUCACCAUGCAUAUCUCUGUCUCCUCAUCCCCAGACAGCCUCUCUUCCAAUGUUGCUGCUGCUGCUGAGUCACAGCUUAUCCCACACGAGAAACUGCAUCUUUCGAUCCUGCAGAUCCCCACUGGCGGUCUGGCACAGAUACCUGAGCAGAGGGCUCUAGAUUGGAAUGAGCAGGUCCACUUGAAGGACUUUUUGUUUGGAGCACGGCAAUGUCGGAGUCGUUUGGUGGCGGGGACUGUGGGACCUGCAGGCCGGAUUGUGCCUGAUUUCGAUCCCGGUACAGCUAUUGAUAAGGAGAUAAUUGGUCAGCUGCUGAGAGGGGAAGUCUUACCCGGUGGGGCUGAUGGUAGUGGAUUCCUUGUGGAGGGAGAUGGUGAAGGAGGUGAGAAUGCAGGGCUGUGGAUCCAUACUUUUGAUUCCCGGGAGGAUGGGGCGUGGACUAUGGAGCAGAUCUGGGGCUUCGAGAUGAUCGACGGGGAAAGACGCCAUACGAGAAGAUUUGUGGUUGCGAACAAGGAAGGUGCAGUUGAGAUGGGCCGUAUUGUUUUCACCUACUUAGGCUCUCUCGAGUGA